AGACUCACUGAGAGGAGGAUACUGCCUCUACUCACUGAAGCAGAAUCCUCCGAAGAGUUGCUGAGGCAGAACUGAAAUCAUGGCUUGCCUCAAAGAAGCAGCUGUAUCGGCUGCUAAUGACGCCUCAGCACAGAAAGACGAUGCUCCUUUAACUCAGGGGUUUUAAUGGGAAGUUUCGGAGCCUGAGAGACAACAGCUUUAGAGCUGGGUGUGCCAUCAGCUGCUCGCUGCUACCUCUCUGUCUCCUGCUUGAACUCAGCCUGGCCGGGAAGAAUGGAAACCAGACAGGCUUUUAACUACCUGUAACUGUUUCACCAGGAGAUGAAUCAAGCGUUUGCCCAGCCAGAUCAGAUAACUCAGCCCCUCCAGGGAGCAGCCACCAUGAUCUCUGCAAACUGAUGAUGGAAGAAAGGGGAAGCAGAAGAUACUGUGCUCUGGAUUCCCUGGACGAUGGAUGGAGGACAGCCUGUUCCUUCACCCCUGGUACCCCUUGGGAACGGAUCAGAUUAUAGCAUGUCUCUGGAACAGAAAACAACAUUCGUUUUUGUGAUCCUGUUGUUCAUCUUUUUGGGCAUCCUCAUUGUCAGGUGCUUCCGAAUUCUUCUAGACCCAUAUCGGAGCAUGCCAACCUCAACAUGGGCUGAUGGGCUUGAAGGGCUGGAGAAAGGGCAGUUUGACCAUGCCCUUGCUUAGUGGGGACACAGUAGGCUGCCCUCCCAAGGAGCAAAUCUUCCUCUUUGUUAAUGUUCUUAACAAAUCCAAUUUUAACCAUGAAUGGCCCUAGGAUAACAACCCAUUAUUUCAUAAACCUGCUAUUGUGUUAAAGGUGUCUUAUUUGAGGAUAAUGGAAAGUUUCUAUUACUAGAGCCCAAGUAGGAAGGUGCAAGCAUUUAUGUCUACUCAAUGAAUGUUGUUGAAGAUAUUGUAAAACCAAGCGCACCAACAAGCGCACCAACACUUGCGAAGAUGUCGCUGUCAAAUGAAGCACUCUCUGCUCAGAACAAGUAAUGAGUAAUUAGAGAAGAUCGGGUAUGAGUCUGAGUACAAGUCAUGUCUCUCAAUUUUACUUUGUGCUUUGUGCACAUUUAUGUCCUGGGCAGGGUGAGGAAGCCUGUGUAGAGACGACAUCAAGGGGCUACUUAUUUCUUGCAAAGCAGGGGGCUCCAGGAAGCAGUGGUAGGCUUAGGAAAAAUAGUUAUUUACCUGGUAACUCUGGAUGGGAAUGCUAUCAUUUUCACUACCAGUCCUAAUCCAAUCUCUGUAUUCCUAUAGCUAACACAUUUAAAUGCACUGAUGUAUAAUUUGAAUCUACUGUACUUACAUUUGUGAUGGAACUUAUAGGUUACAAGCACAACUUCAAGGUUAUAUUUUUAAAAGAAAGAUGAUCGCUUAUCAAAAAGACUUUGGCUUUAAGAGGAGUAUGCAUUUUUAUGUGCACAUAGUUACCAAAUAAAAAAAAUCUCAAGAUGCAG